AUGCCCUUCUCCCAUCACAGCCACUCGGGUCAGUUCUGCCCAGGCCAUGCCAAGAAUACAUUGGAGGAGAUGGUCCAAACCGCCAUUAGCAGCGGCAUGCGCGUGUUCGCCUUGACAGAGCACAUGCCACGUGAUGAAGUGGAUUUCUACCCCGAGGAAGUGGGAAAUCAAACCGCCGAGUCCUUGUGGGAUCUCAUCGAUGAUUUCUAUCAAGAGGCGACACGCCUCAGGAUGUGGUAUGGUCAUCAAAUGAAAAUCCUGAUUGGCUUCGAAUCAGAAUGGAUUCGCAAAUCGUCGUUGCGUCUGGUUAGGAUGCUGCAGGCGAAGCACGAUUUCGACUUCUUCGUUGGCUCAGUACAUCACGUGCACACAGUCCCGAUCGACUUCGACAAGCCCACAUACGAUCGAGCCAGGAUGGCCGCGGGAGGGUCCGAUGAGAAGCUAUUUGGGGACUAUUUUGACUCUCAAUACGAUAUGUUGAAGGCGCUUGAGCCACAAUUAGUUGGUCAUUUCGAUCUCAUCAGACUCUUCAGUGAUGAGCCCGAUGGUGGUCUGAAACGAUUUCCCGGAGUUUGGCAGAAGGUCAUUCGCAAUUUAAGACACGUCGUUCGCUAUGGCGGUAUCCUCGAGCUGAACUCUGCCGCGUUAAGAAAGGGCUUGAAAGAACCGUACCCCUGUCUGGAGGUGUGCCAGGUAUGUUAUGUCAAACGCCAGCCUCGUCCCAAUUGUGCAGUCUUGACCAUUGCUGAACAGACGUUUCAAAUGAUGGGAGGAAAAUUCGCUAUGUCGGACGACAGUCAUGCAGUGGAUCAAGUUGCUACCCACUACAUUCCAUUAAUGAGGUUCAUUGCAAAGGCAGAAAUCUCCGCUAUAUGCCAUCUGAACCAAGUAGAACCCCCAGAUGAUUACGACGAAUAUGGUGAUGAUAGCGAAGGCAGUAUAGAUCGACCACGUAGAUGGCCCAAAGCAUCAGUAUCCUGUGUGUGUGUGGAGGAGCUAUUCGAAGAAGCAGUGGAUGAUUCACCUUCAGAAGAUGAAGAGUAUCAACAAUGA